AUGGCGGCUAGUAGAAAAUUACAAGGAGAAAUAGAUCGCUGUCUUAAAAAAGUUACUGAAGGUGUUGAGACUUUUGAAGAUAUAUGGCAAAAAGUCCACAAUGCAGCCAACAGUAAUCAAAAGGAAAAAUAUGAGGCUGAUCUCAAAAAGGAAAUCAAGAAAUUGCAAAGGCUAAGAGAUCAAAUAAAAAGUUGGAUCGCCUCUGCGGAAAUUAAAGAUAAAAGUGUGUUAAUGGACAACAGAAAACUCAUAGAAACGCAAAUGGAGAGGUUCAAAGUUGUAGAAAGGGAGACUAAAACGAAAGCAUACUCGAAAGAAGGUUUAGGUGCUGCUCAGAAAUUAGAUCCCGCCCAAAAAGAACGCGAGGAAAUACAACAUUGGCUAACGACCUCCAUAGAAAAACUUAAUAUCGGUACCGACAGUUUCGAAUCGGAGAUUGAACAACUCUUAUCGAAUAAAAAGAAAAAACUCGAUAAAGACAAACAGGAUAGAAUAGACGAAUUGAAGUCUAGAUUAGAGAAGCAUAGGUUUCACAUACGAAAAUUAGAGACAUUGUUAAGGAUGCUGGAUAACAUGUCGGUUGAAGUUCAGCAGAUUAAGAACAUAAAAGACAAUGUAGAGUACUAUAUAGAUUUCAAUACGGAGCCCGAUUUCGAAGAUAACGAGUUUAUCUACGACGAUAUCAUCGGCAUGGACGAGGUGGAAUUGUCCGGCGUCGGCCUGCCCUCGUCGGCGACGACCGACAGCAACGAAACCGGCGGUACGCCCACCUCCAUCAUAUCGGGCUCGUCGCCGCCGCCGGCGUCGUCGUCGCCGCCUCCGCCUCCGCCGCCGCUCAUCGCCCCGUCGGCGAUCCAAUCGGCGCCGCUCACCCUUACGGCGAUGGCGGCCACGGCCGUCACGACGGUGCACCAUUACAAUAAUCAUUCCGUAAUAGAGAACUCGAAUGAAGACAGUAAAAAGGUCGUGGGCAACAAGGAUGUACAACCCAAGCCAGUAAAACCGACGCCUGUGCGAGCAGUGACCAACAACAACCAAUCGAGCAUCAACACCACCCUCAAUUCCGUGCUAAACUACAGUUUGGUCGGGGGAACGGGGGCGGUAACGGUAACGGCGUCUCUAUUAACCGGUGCCGCCCCCACGGCGCCGUCGCCUGGUAAAGCAACGACAGCGUCGUCGAAUAGCGUGGUGACUUCUAGCAUGGGCAAGAUUCCGGGCAGGGAACCGUCGCCUAUCGGGAGCGUUCUUGCACAAACGUUGACUUCGUCAUCGAUAGGAGGCGGGAAUUUCGCGGCGGUGGCGGCUAAUGCAGUGAAAGUAUCGACAAGUGGCGAGAGUAACCCUCCAGCAUCUGUGAUAACUAAUGUUAGUCAAGUUCAAACUCAAAAUACAUCCAAUGCCAUCAACACAACGGUCCAUACGAAUCCCAUUGCGUCAUUAGGAUUACAGUUACAGAAUUCGACGAACACUCCCCCGAAAUCCUACAAUGAACAACAUGUACAAAAUAAUUGUUUAAGUCCAGAACCAAAUAAUUGCAGUGAAAUGUCUAAAUCCGAAGUCGAUGCAUCACAAAUACCGAACGGUCCGAUAACGGAGAAGUUAAACGACGGUUUGACGUCGCUGAAAACGAUGGCUCAACAAGUAAUAGACCAGGCAGGGUUGCAAAACAACCAAGUCAUCCUGGAGCCGAGCAAGAUGCAGAAUCAAGGGAAAUCGGACGCCCACAUACCCCCGUUGUUGGGCGUCGCUCCGCUGGGAGCCAUACCUCUUCAAAAAGAACACCAAACUCAGUUCCAAUUGAUGGAAGCCGCCUUUUACCAUAUGCCUCACCCUUCCGAUUCGGAAAGGAUACGAACGUAUUUACCUAGGAGUCCGUGCACAACGCCUUCGUACUACAUCCAGACGCCUCUCGCUCACUCUGACAGUUUAGAGUUCUACCAGAGACUAGCGACGGAAACGCUGUUUUUCGUGUUUUACUACAUGGAGGGCACCAGGGCUCAGUAUCUCGCCGCGAAAGCGCUCAAGAAACAAAGUUGGAGGUUCCACACCAAGUACAUGAUGUGGUUCCAGCGACACGAAGAGCCCAAGGUCAUUAACGAGGAAUACGAGCAGGGCACUUACAUUUACUUCGAUUACGAGAAGUGGGGACAAAGGAAAAAAGAAGGAUUUACAUUUGAAUAUAAAUACUUAGAAGAUAGAGAUCUUAAUUAA